AGGCCUGGAGAACCGGGGACGGGGGGUAGGGGGAGUCGAAACGUAGGAGGACGAUAUAUCGUGCACUGUGAGCCCCCAUUAAAUACAGGCAUCGUAUGGAGACCAGGAAGCACUGUCUCUCUGCUGUGGCGUACAAGCUGUGAGGGUUAAAUAAGGAACGCUGAGGUUUCACAGUGAGUAAGAUCAAUUUCCUUACUGCAGUGGGCCCGCCGGCCACCAAGCCUCGGCAGGAAAUGCCUCCUCCGCUGGACAUUGUAAAAGUAGCUAUCGAGUGGCCAGGAGCUAAUGCCCAGUUGAUUGAAAUUGACCAGAAACGGCCUUUGGCAUCAAUCAUCAAGGAGGUGUGUGACGGAUGGUCCUUGCCUAAUCCCGAGUUCUAUGCCUUCCGUUAUGCUGAUGGCCCCCAGCUUUACAUUACAGAACAGACUCGAGGUGACAUCAAGAAUGGAACUAUCCUACGUCUGGCUGUAUCACCGUCCCGAGCAGCACGGCAGCUCCUCGAAAGGAUCCAGUCGUCCAGUAUGGACAACCGACUAGAUGCUAUGAAGGAACUGGCCAAGCUUUCUGCAGACACUACAUUUGCCACUGAAUUCAUCAACAUGGAGGGAGUGACAAUUCUAACUCGAAUGGUGGAGGGCGGCACUAAGCUUCUUUCACAUUAUAGUGAGAUGUUGGCCUUCACGCUCACAGCUUUCUUGGAGUUGAUGGAUCACGGGAUUGUUUCCUGGGACUUGGUUUCCCUCAUCUUUAUUAAACAGAUUGCAGGAUAUGUUUCCCAGCCAUCAGUAGAUGUGUCAAUUCUGCAGCGAUCACUUGCUAUCUUGGAGAGUAUGGUGCUAAAUAGCCAGGCAUUGUAUCAGAAAAUUGCUGAGGAAAUCACAGUGGGACAACUCAUCUGUCACCUACAAGUAUGUAACCAGGAGAUCCAGACAUAUGCCAUCGCUUUAAUCAAUGCCCUGUUUCUCAAGGCGCCAGAGGACAAGAGACAGGAGAAGCCACGGAAUCUCGUGGAUGUCCCUGUUAGUGAAAUGGCGAAUGCAUUUGUACAGAAGCAUCUGCGAUCUAUCAUCCUCAAUCACAUUAUACGAGGGAAUCGGCCUAUCAAAACAGAAAUGGCACAUCAACUCUAUGUGCUACAGGUGUUGACUUUUAACCUCCUUGAAGAAAGGAUGAUGACCAAAAUGGACCCAAAUGACCAGGCUCAGAGAGACAUCAUUUUUGAAUUGAGAAGAAUCGCAUUUGAUGCAGAAUCAGACACCAGUGGGAUAUCAGGGGGAGGCACUGAGAAACGAAAAGCAAUGUACAGCAAGGACUACAAGAUGCUUGGCUUCACAAAUCACGUGAAUCCAGCUAUGGAUUUUAUUCAAACUCCUCCUGGGAUGCUAGCUUUAGACAACAUGCUCUACCUGGCUAAAUGCCAUCAGGACACCUACGUAAGGAUUGUGCUGGAGAAUAGUAGCAGAGAAGACAAACACGAAUGUCCAUUUGGGCGCAGUGCCAUUGAACUGACAAAGAUGUUAUGCGAGAUUCUGCAAGUUGGGGAACUGCCCAAUGAAGGUCGGAAUGAUUACCAUCCUAUGUUCUUCACACAUGAGCGAUCCUUUGAGGAAUUUUUUUGUAUCUGCAUUCAGUUGCUAAACAAGACCUGGAAGGAGAUGAGGGCAACUGCCGAGGACUUCAACAAAGUUAUGCAGGUGGUACGGGAGCAGAUAACACGCGCACUCCCAUCUAAACCUAAUUCGCUUGAGCAGCUGAAAAACAAGCUGCGUAGUCUGAGCUACACAGAGAUUUUGCGGUUGCGUCAAUCAGAGCGGCUCAGUCAAGAUGACUUCCAGUCUCCACCCAUAGUUGAACUACGGGAGAAAAUUCAACCUGAAAUUCUUGAACUGAUCAAGCAGCAGCGUCUCAAUCGUUUAUGUGAGGGGAGCAGCUUCCGCAAGAUUGGCAACCGCAGGAGGCAAGAGAGGUUUUGGUUCUGCCGAUUGGCUCUGAAUCACAAGGUUUUGCACUAUGGAGACCUUGAGGAGAAUGCACAAGGGGAGGUGCCAUACGAAUCAUUACAGGAAAAAAUUCCUGUUGCAGACAUUAAGGCAGUGCUCACAGGGAAGGAUUGUCCCCAUAUGAAGGAGAAAAGUGCCCUGAAACAGAACAAGGAAGUGUUGGAGUUGGCAUUUUCUAUACUGUACGAUCCUGAUGAGACUUUAAACUUUAUAGCGCCUAAUAAAUACGAGUAUUGCAUCUGGAUUGACGGAGUGAAUGCUCUGCUUGGGAGGGAGAUGAGCAGUGAACUGACCCGUAGUGAUAUGGACACAUUGCUCAGCAUGGAGAUGAAGCUUCGUUUACUGGACCUGGAGAACAUUCAGAUUCCGGAGGUUCCUCCUCCCAUUCCUAAAGAGCCCAGCAGCUAUGACUUUGUUUAUCACUAUGGUUGAUUCAGUGAAGUUGAUGGAGAACAUGCACAUCCACUAACUAGGAAAGGAUCUCUCAUUAACCAGCAGUAUAACAAGCCAAGAUCUGCUACUGAAAGGGACAGGGGGUUUCAAGUAGAUCUCUACCCCCAGCAUCCACUAACCCUGUCUUCAGCAGAGUUCCUGCUGGAAAGGUCUCUGCAGUAGAUUUCAGUAUGGAUUCCUUGCGUGUAUAUGUGGUACUUUGGUUUACAGGUCCUGGCUUCCCUUACUGGAUUCCUCCAGAAACAUUUCAAUCUACCGUGGUACUGAAUGGACUUAUGUAAACUAGAUGCACUGACACAGAAAGAGUUUAGAUUGCUAUAGUUCUAUUUUUGCCUUAAUGAGUAAAUUCUUUAUCCAAUCAGAGAGCAGCAAGCCGCCAUCUAUCCCAAGUCUUGGAGUAAAACUUGUAUUUUUGCUGCAUAUUGCAUUGUAGUUGUUUCUAAAUCAGAGCACAAUACGUCUGUACUUUUAAUGAAAACCGUGACAUUUUCAUUCCACUAGAGGCAAAGGUUUCUCUGUGAGCGGAUAAACCUUUUGCUCCACCUUGCAUGAAGGUAAACUAAAGAGGCUGCUUUUCAUUGAAUGUGUAUGUAAGAAAGCCUACUCAUCCUAGGUACGAACUUAAUCCCACACCCAACCCGCAAAUGUAGAUAUCCAUUAUUGGCGGGCCGUUACAUGUUGGGAGUUAAUAUAAAAGGCUGGCAUUCAGAAUGUGUUAUGUUACUAAUAAAAAUAUUAGAACAA